AUGUCAUCAUCACGUAAGCGUACUAGGGUCUGUUCGUUAAUUAAUGCUUCCUCUUCUUCUGGUCGUUCCUUAUAUUUGGACAAUGGAGACUGUACUAAUGUUUGUGAGCAUUAUGGUGCUUUUUUUUGGUUUGAUGAGCGUAUAGUUGCUACAUCUACCACCCGUCAUCUUCGAUAUAACCAAUGUUGUAAAACUGGACGUGUGAAGUUUCCACCUCCUAAUCAUCCUUUAUCGGUUUUCGUUGAUCUGUUUGGUCGAGCAGACUUUCUAGCAAACAUACGUGCUUAUAACUCUAUGUUCGCAAUGACUUCUUUCGGUGGCAAAGUAGACGAUUCUAUUAAUACUGGGUCUGCGCCAUACGUGUUUAAGGUUGAGGGCCAGGUUUAUCAUUCGUUGGGUUCAUUGUGUCCUACAGAUAAUGAACCAUCAAGAUUUCUGCAAAUGUAUAUCUAUGAUACUGAUAACGAAAUUGCGAAUAGGCUUAGAUUCUUUGAUGGCAAUACACGUUCACGGUUAAGUGUUGAUGUUGUCUCUACAAUUCUUACAGCCCUUGAGGGGUGUAAUAAAUUGGUGAGGCUUUUCAGAAAUGCUAGAGAUUUGACUCUUUCGUCUAACUUACCUUCAUUUACAAUUCAUUUAUACAAUUCAUAUAAUUCUUUGUCUUAUGAUAGACCUGGCCCUGAUUGCAUUGGUGCAAUUAUCACUGACCAAGACCCCAAUUCUGAUGGAUAUGACAUUGUUAUUCAGCAUAAGGCUACUGGUCCACAACGAAUAAGCAAUCUUCAUUCGUUAUACAUGGCUUUGCAAUAUCCUUUGUUGUUUAUUUAUGGUGAAAGUGGUUGGUCCCAUGACUUACGACUUUCUGGUGUUUCUGGAAAAGAGGACAAAAAUAUGUCUAUGAAUAUGUUCUAUAGUUAUCAACUUCAUGAUCGUCUUAACGUCUACACAUUGCUGCUGCGAGGAGGUCGUCUAUUCCAGCAAUAUCUGGUUGACGCCUACGUGUGUAUAGAGCAGAAUAGGUUAGAAUAUUACAGACGUAAUCAAAGUUAUCUAAGAAGUGACGUGUUGAAAGGCAUACAUGAUGCUAUUCGUCGUGGUGAUACUGAGGGACGUGAUAUAGGAAAACGUACUAUUCUACCUUCAUCAUUUAUGGAGGGUCCACGAUACAUGUACAAGCAUUAUCAAGAUGAGUUAGCGAUUUGUAGAGUACAUGGAAACCCUCAAUACUUCAUCACUUUUACGUGCAACGUUAACUGGCCUGAAAUUCAUAGAUAUUUGACUAAGUAUCCAGCCUUUGGGAAAGUUACUGCGGAUUUAUACACGAUUGAAUUUCAGAAGAGGGGUCUACCACACUGUCAUUUGUUGUUAUGGAUAAACGAAACUAAUAAGAUAACUGACGCUACUCAUCUUGAUAGGUAUAUUUCGGCAGAAAUUCCAGAUCCUGUAAUGGACUCGGAUCUGCAUAGGAUUGUUACCGACUUCAUGAUACGUGGACCAUGCGGUACUGUUAGACCCAACGCGCCAUGUAUGUCAUUCGGUAUGUGCUCUAAGAACUUUCCAAAGGCUUAUCAACAAAGUAGUGUGAUUGACGAGAAUGGAUAUGCACAUUAUAAAAGAUGGUUGAUUGGGAAUACUGUCCUCAAAGGUGGCGUUGCUCUUGAUAACAGCUAUGUUGUCCCAUACCACCGCACCAUACUGUUACACUUCCAAGCACACAUAAAUGUUGAGUACUGCGGGUGGAGCAUGUUGAUAAAGUACCUCUUAAAGUACAUAUCAAAGGGCUCUGAUCGUAUUCGUUUUAACAUUAGUAAAGGUCCUUCUUCUUCUGGUGAUACCGAAGGUGACACUACGUUUGAAAUCGACGAGAUUAAGAACUAUGUUGAUGGAAGAUUCAUAUGUCCACAUGAGUCAGCUUGGAGAAUUCUUGAUUUCCACAUUCAUCAAAGGAAUCCUGCAGUACAGGUUUUAGCUGUUCACUUGCAAGAAAUGCAAGGUGUAACUUUCAGGGACAAUGAACAAUUAGAAAACAUUAUUAGAAACCCAUUAUCAAGGCGUACUACAUUAACAGAAUGGCUUUACAACAAUUGCAUUGAUGAGAGUGGACGACAUCUGAAUUACGUAGACUUUUUAUCAGAGUAUAGAUGGGAUGCCUCAAAAAGGUUGUCGAUCCUUCGAGGACAUUCGUACAGUUUCUGGAAGGUAUGCUCAACAUACCGUACUGCAUGCGAAAGGCAUGGAUUACUAGGUGAUGACAAAGAAUGGUCAUAUACCUUCGUUGAGGCUGCUAUUUGGGCUACAGCUUCUAAGUUACGACACCUAUUCAUACAUAUGCCAUUAUAUUGUGAGGUGUCAAACCCUAAACAAUUGUGGGAUAUGCAUUGGCAUAGAAUGGCUGAUGACAUUGUGCAUAGACAUCAUCUCUUAAACGAUGAUGAUAAGAUGCAACAUGUUUUGUAUGAGCUUGAACUAUUAUUGCGCACUGGAUCGUCUUCCUCAUUGUCGGAGUUAGGGCUGCCAAUGCCGAAUCCAACAGUUGUUGCAUCUGUGACAAAUAGACUACUCAUGGAAGAAAGAAAUUACGAAAGGCAACAACUUGCAAUCGAACAUAUGUCAUCACGGUCUGCUCUCAAUCCACAACAAAAGAGCAUAUACGAUUAUGUUUUGUCUACAUUAGAAUGA